AUGUCUCUCCGGUCUCUUCCCUCGCAGCUCCUGACUGUCGCUCUGUGCUUGAGCGGCCUGUCAUCCGGUCAAGCGACUGGCAAAUUCGACCUCUUGACAUACAACGUGGCCGGACUCCCUCCCAUUUUCAACAACAACGAGGUCCCAGGGGACAAGGGCACCAACGCCAACACUAUCGGCUCUGUUCUUGCCAAGCAGGCGUACGAUGUAGUUCAUAUGCAGGAAGACUUCAACUAUCAUGCCUACAUCUACAAAACCGAUAACCAUCCCCACCGCACUCCGACAUCUGGGGGUGUUCCGUUCGGCGAUGGCUUGAACACUGUCGCCAACUAUAACUGGGCCAACUUUGCCCGGAAGAAGUGGAACAAAUGCAACCUGAAUUCUGGUGACUGCUUGACCCCCAAGGGAUUCACCUAUAUGCGUAUGACCAUCGAUGGUAUCGAAGUUGACCUGUACAACCUCCACGCUGAUGCCGGGUCUGACAAGGGCGAUAUCGAUGCCCGCUCUGCUGGCAUUGACCAAAUUCUUGCCUGGGUCAACUCCAACUCCAAGGGGAAGCCUGUCAUUAUUGCUGGUGAUACCAAUGAUAGGUGGACCAACUCUGGGCGCAGCAUUAACAAGCUGACCGACGCCGGUUUUACCGACAGCUGGGUCCAGCUCAUCCGGAGCGGCUCGUACCCCCAGGCUGGUGCUCCUGCAGAUCCUUGCAAGGUGCCGGCAGCAGACAACAAGUGCGAGAUUGUCGACAAAGUCUUCUACCGUUCUGGUGACUCAGUCAAGCUCACAGCCACUUCAUUCAACUACGCAUCCAAGGUUUUUGUUCAGCCUGAUGGAAACAUCUUGUCUGAUCAUAACCCUAUUCAUGUUGAGUUCUCCUGGUCAUCCGGUGUUUAG